AUUUUGAUGCAUACGAAAGAGAUGGUACAGAAGAUGAAUCUUGAAGUUAUUUAUGGAGAUACAGAUUCAAUUAUGAUAAAUACCAAUAGCACCAAUCUGGAAGAAGUAUUUAAGUUGGGAAACAAGGUAAAAAGUGAAGUGAAUAAGUUGUACAAAUUGCUUGAAAUAGAUAUUGAUGGUGUUUUCAAGUCUCUGCUACUGCUGAAGAAAAAGAAAUAUGCUGCUCUGGUUGUUGAGCCAACAUCAGAUGGGAAUUAUUUCACUAAACAGGAGCUGAAAGGAUUAGAUAUAGUUAGAAGAGAUUGGUGUGAUCUUGCUAAAGACACUGGAAACUUUGUCAUUGGCCAGAUUCUUUCUGAUCAAAGCCGGGAUACUAUAGUGGAAAACAUUCAGAAGAGGUUAAUAGAAAUUGGAGAAAAUGUGCUAAAUGGCAGUGUCCCAGUGAGCCAGUUUGAAAUUAACAAGGCAUUGACAAAGGAUCCCCAGGAUUACCCUGAUAAAAAAAGCCUACCUCAUGUCCAUGUUGCCCUCUGGAUAAAUUCUCAAGGAGGGAGAAAGGUGAAAGCUGGAGAUACUGUGUCAUAUGUCAUCUGUCAGGAUGGAUCAAACCUCAGUGCAAGUCAGAGGGCUUAUGCACCUGAGCAAUUGCAGAAACAGGAUAAUCUAACCAUUGACAACCAGUACUACCUGGCUCAGCAGGUCCACCCAGUUGUGGCUCGGAUCUGUGAACCAAUAGAUGGAAUUGAUGCUGUUCUCGUUGCAACAUGGUUAGGACUUGACCCCACCCAAUUUAGAGUUCAUCAUUAUCAUAAAGAUGAAGAGAAUGAUGCUCUACUUGGUGGCCCAGCACAGCUCACUGAUGAAGAGAAAUACAGGGACUGUGAAAGAUUCAAAUGUUCAUGUCCUACGUGUGGAACUGAGAAUAUUUAUGAUAAUGUGUUUGAUGGUUCGGCAACCGAUGUGGAACCCAGUUUGUAUCGUUGCAGUAACAUCGAUUGUAAGGCUUCACCUCUGACCUUUAUAGUACAAUUGAGCAACAAAUUGAUCAUGGACAUUAGACGUUUUAUUAAAAAGUACUAUGAUGGCUGGUUGGUAUGUGAGGAGCCAACCUGUCGCAAUCGAACUCGGCACCUUCCCCUUCAGUUCUCCCGAAGUGGGCCUCUUUGCCCAGCCUGCAUGAAAGCUACACUUAGACCAGAGGUAACAGUUUCAUAA